UCCUCGACCGAACAAUCCAGAAGCAGCCGCCGGUCAAUUCUAAAAGCUUGCCAUCUCCGGUCUCCACCCCCAACCCACCACGCGCACGCGCAGAUCCAGGGAUAGAAAAGCAAAUCGAGCCCGACCAAACCCUAGCCGCCCCCAAACCCAUGGCGAAGUUCGGCGAGGGCGACGCCCGGUGGAUCGUGCAGGAGCGCCCCGACGGCGCCAACGUCCACAACUGGCACUGGGCGGAGCGCGACUGCCUGGAGUGGUCUCGCGCGCGGCUCUCCGCCCUGCUCGCCGGCCUCCCCGUCCUAUCCGGCGAGGGCGGCCUCACCCUCCGCACCACCACCCUCGACAAGCUCGACGGCGAGGCCUACGUCAACAUCCGCAAGGGCAAGGUCAUCCCCGGGUACGAGCUCUCCCUCACGCUCUCCUGGGAGGCCGAGGCCACCUCCGAAUCGGGCGCCGCCAAGGUCACCGGCGCCGCCGAGGUCCCCUACCUCGCCGACGAGAACGCCGACGAGGAUCCCGAGCUCCGCAUCACUGUCCGCGGCGACGACAGCCCCCUCGCGCGCCGUGCCAAGGACGCCUUCAUCGCCCGCGGCAAGCCUCUGGUCCUUGAGAAGAUCCGGGAGUAUGUGGCCACCAUGUCGAAGGGCGGCCCCGCCAAGGACGAGCUAGAUGCUAAGAAGAUCCCCACCAAGGCGGCGGCCGCAGCGACCGGCGGCGCUGCUGCCGCCCCUGCUUCCGCAGUGAAGGAGGUUGCGGCGCCCGCUCCAGCGCCAGCAGCUAAGGAGAAGAAGGCGAAGGGGAAGGAGAAGGAUGGAUUCAAAACUAUCGAGUUGACAGAGAAGUUCAACUGCCGCUCCAAGGACAUUUAUGAGAUCUUGAUGGAUGAGAACAGAUGGAAGGGUUUCACGCAGAGCAACACGAGGAUCAGCAAGGAGGUUGGUGGCCAGUUUAGCCUCUUUGAUGGAUCCAUCACCGGCGUCAAUGAGGAGCUGCAGGAAGGGAAGCUCAUCGUGCAGAAGUGGCGGUUUGGGAGCUGGGCUGAUGGCGUACAUUCUACAGUCAGGAUGGUGUUUGAUGAGCCUGAGUCAGGAGUUACGAUCAUAAAGCUUAAACAAACUGAUGUGCCAGUUGAAGACAGGUAUGGAAACUCCACUGUGGUGGAGAACACUGAGAGAGGAUGGACAGAGCUCAUCUUUCAGAGGAUACGCGCAGUGUUCGGUUUUGGGAUGUAAAGAACUCCCGUCUGGAUUCUGGAUGUCUACCUUUUAGGAAUUCCUACCUUGUCAUGCCUCUUCCUGUUUUACUGCAUCAGUUUAUUUUAUGCUGAUAGACACACAAAAUUCGAGAAUCGCGAGAAUUCAAAAAUAUCUGUUACCCUGUAUUCAUCAAGCUGGAUUGUGGGGGACUGUUGGUGGUGUUUCGAAUUCAUGAUCAAUGUUGAUGUUGGUGAAAUUGUUCA